AUGCCCCCUCGUUUUCGAAUUUGUCCUCUCUGUCAGCAGGGGUUUGGCAGCGCAUCCAUCAAUAUUCAUAUCCCGCAGUGCUACGAGAAGGCUGUGAAGCGUUGGCGGCUCAAUCCUGUGGGACCUAUGCCAGUGAUGCCGAGUUUGGGACCUUCGCCCCGUCAGAAUGGGGGAAAACAAAUAAUGACCUGUUCGGCGCGCGGUAAUGGCGUGAGUGGGGCAAGAUCACUACGGCAGCAAACCGGUUUCGCGGAUGUUCCGGAGUUUGCAGAAGAGAACAUGAAUUUACACCCAUGCUCUCAUUGCGGUCGAAAGUUUUUGUUCGAUCGCAUCACCUACCAUGAAAGUGUAUGUAAAGGUGACGUAAAGCGCAGAGUAUUCAAUAGUCGAAAGCAACGUGCUGUUGAAGACGGGGGCGACAGCAAUGACGGUGGUUUUGGAAUGUCGUACGGCAAAAAGAAAAAGGGUCUUAAAAGUUCUGCUGGUGGCACAGGGCUCUCUGCUGGCAUUCCACGGACGCGGUGGCGCGAACAGCAUCGUGAAUUUCAAGAGGCUAUGCGGGCGGCACGAAACGCACAGAGUGCCAGCCGAGACAUGUGGGGUGGCGCCUCUCUCAGGGAUCCACCAGCUCAACAAGAGAACCGACAACGUGCACCGCCUGCUGUCAUGAGGCAUCAAAAAGGAUUGCAAAUCCGACAACAAAGAACGAUGCACCCCAUCGAUACUGGCUUUUCAAGACAACCAGCCGUGGGUCGACGGGUGCCGCCGAGGCGGCCUUAUGGAAAUGCCUUUGGUGGUGGUGGCGAGCGCUUUACUAGUGGUAUUGGUGGUGGUGGUGGAGGCAAAAUUAUAAAUGAUAAUACGACCAGCCUGGGAAUGUUGCAGGCUUUUGGCCGGGCAUAG